AACUUUGUGCCAACAACCACUUUUAAUUCAUUUAAGAAAGAAUGAAGUCACCACCAACUCAUUUCUUCUUUAAACAUAAUAGUAUGCUUCUAAGGUGUCUUAUUUUCAUACUAGGUAUUUGCUCAAUCAACAGAAGUAACAUCUGUUGUGACCAACCUUUUGCCAACCCUUCAAGUUGCUCAGUGAUUCAGUCAUCACUGAAACAGUUAAAGAUUGAAGGGUACUUUAGUUUCAAGAAUUUCGAUCACGUGGCCAAGGACUUUGGCAACAUAUAUCACUUCCUUCCAUCAGCUGUUUUGUACCCUAAAUCAGUUUCUGACAUAUCAUCGACCAUAAAACAUAUUUUUGAUAUGGGGACAACAACAGACCUAACCGUUGCUGCUAGAGGCCAUGGUCAUUCUGUAGAAGGCCAAGCUCAAGCUUACAAAGGAGUAGUAAUCAGCAUGGAAUCGCUUCGAGCACCAGUGAUGCGUUUCCACACAGGGGAACUGCCUUUUGUUGAUGUAUCUGCAGGAGAACUUUGGAUAAACAUCCUGCAUGAAAGUCUUAAACUUGGAUUAACACCAAAAUCUUGGACUGAUUAUCUUCACCUCACAGUCGGAGGCACUUUGUCGAAUGCCGGAAUCAGCGGGCAAGCAUUCAAACAUGGACCUCAGACCAAUAACGUCUACCAACUUGAAGUUGUCACUGGUAAAGGCGAGGUGAUUACUUGUUCAGAGGAGCAGAAUGCUGACCUGUUCCAUGGUGUACUAGGAGGACUAGGCCAGUUUGGUAUCAUCACAAGGGCUAGGAUUGCUCUUCAACCAGCACCUAAAAAGGUAAAGUGGAUCAGAGUGCUGUAUUCAGAUUUCUCCACAUUUUCCAAUGAUCAAGAACAGUUGAUAUCAUCCAAGGAUUCUUUUGACUAUGUAGAAGGAUUUGUCAUUAUCAAUAGAACAGGAUUGCUGAAUAACUGGAGGACAACUUUCAACCCUAAAGAUCCACUUCUAGCCAGAAAGUUCAGUUCUGAAGGAAAAGUUCUCUACUGCCUAGAAGUUGCCAAAUAUUUCAAUCCAGAAGAGACAACUAAUACUGAUCAGAAUAUUGAUGCCCUCCUAUCUAAGUUGAAUUAUAUCGAAUCCACGCUAUUCCAAUCAGAAGUCUCCUACGUGGAAUUUCUCGACAGAGUCCACGUAUCUGAAAUGAAACUCCAAGAGAAGGGGUUAUGGGAUGUUCCUCAUCCAUGGUUAAACCUUUUAAUUCCAAAGAGCAAGAUUCAUUACUUCGCACAAGAAGUUUUUGGGAAGAUUCUUACUGACACGAGUCAUGGUCCUAUACUCAUCUACCCCGUCAACAAAUCAAAGUGGAUAAAAGGAACAUCAAUGGUUACACCUGAAGAAGAUAUCAUGUAUUUAAUAGCAUUUCUAUCUUCAGCCAUGCCAUCUUCCACAGGAAAGGAUGGACUAGAACAUAUUCUAAAUAAGAACAAGAAGAUACUAAACUUUUGCCAAAAAGCACAUAUUGGAAUGAAAAGGUAUUUGCCACAUUACACAACACAGGAAGACUGGAAAGUUCACUUCGGCCCCCGAUGGGAAACAUUUGCUAGGAGGAAAUCCACUUAUGAUCCUUUGGCUAUCCUAGCUCCUGGACACAAAAUUUUUAAAAGAGCAUCACUACUUCAACAACAAUGACUUCUUCUGAAAAUAUAAAUAGCUAUAUAGAGUUUUCCUUACAUAGAUCUAUCGUUAUAAUGCUCCCCAGUGUACAAUGUAACAAUGUUGAAGCAUUUUAGCAUUCUUUUGAGAAAGACCUAUCUUUGUACAUUAAAUACUUGAA